GGGGGUUAAAGAUUCGAUGUAAAUAACCCCCAUUUUCAUCUGCCCUAAUACUCCCCUCACUGAGUCUGUGUACCCUGCACUCUUGUUCAGCGUUUCAGGCUUCAACCGAUACGAAGAGGAAGAGGAUUGUAGAUGGCCAUUGCAGGGAACUCAGCAGCUUCAUUUCUUCAGCUACACCAGAAGAAACCUCAUUCUCUCUUCCGUCUCAAUUCUCGAAAUUCUGUUCCAUUUUCUAUCAAAUCAUCCUUCAAUCCUCCUAUGGCAUCACUCGCUGUCUCUUCAUCGACUCUUGGACUAUCUGAGACCUUCUCCAAAUUGAAAAAGGAAGGAAAAGUAGCAUUGAUACCAUUUAUCACCGCUGGUGAUCCUGAUCUAUCAACAACAGCUGAAGCAUUGAAGGUGCUUGAUUCUUGUGGAUCGGAUAUAAUCGAAUUGGGUGUUCCAUACUCUGAUCCCUUGGCUGAUGGACCAGUUAUUCAGGCUGCAGCUACUCGAGCACUGGCAAGAGGGGCCAAUUUGGAUUCGAUUCUGGAAAUGUUGAACAAGGUGGUACCCCAGUUAUCCUGCCCAAUUGCAUUGUUCACUUAUUAUAAUCCGAUCCUUAAGCGUGGAGUGGAGAAGUUCAUGAUCACCGUGAAAGAAGUUGGAAUACAUGGACUCGUGGUUCCAGAUGUUCCUCUAGAGGAAACUGAGGUUUUAAGACGGGAAGCUUCUAAGCAUAAUAUCGAGUUGGUACUACUAACAACGCCCACUACUCCAAGAGAACGAAUGAAAUCCAUCGUUGAAGCCACAGAGGGAUUUCUGUACCUUGUGAGUUCUAUUGGAGUAACGGGAGCUCGUGGUUCCGUGAGCGAAAAGGUUCAAUCGCUCCUGCAGGAAAUCAAAGCGGUAUCAAACAAGCCUGUGGCCGUUGGUUUUGGCAUUUCAAAACCCGAGCAUGUGAAACAGGUGGUUGGAUGGGGAGCGGAUGGUGUGAUCGUUGGUAGUGCUAUUGUGAAAAUAUUAGGUGAGGCCAAGUCCCCGGAGGAAGGGCUUAAAGAACUAGCGGAAUUUACAAAAUCCCUCAAAGCCGCGUUGCUCUGAUUACUCAAAUCCGAAUGAAUUUUGUGUGGUUGUUUUUUAGCAGAGUUGAUCAGCAUUUUAAUUUUAGAAACCGGAAGUCCGAAACUAGUAACAUUGUUGAAAUAGGGGGGUUUGAAUCAAUACUACUACCCUAGUCAACAAUGAGAUUUCUUGUUAUUACAACUUUUAAAUGCGUUUCUAUUAAAUUAAAACACCUGCAUUGCCUUC